CAGAAUUCUUUCACCUCAUAACUACAUUUCCUUGUCCAUUAAGAUUGUUGUAUGAUGUAAAAUAUUUUGCAUGUAUUUUCAGGUCAACACAGAGUUUGCAGGAGGUUUAACAUCAAGCGGUCGGUGACAAGGGCAUACCUUCCCCAGAGUAAUGGCCUUGAUGAACGCACCAAUCAGACCUUGAAAGUACGACUUGCCAAGCUUGUCAAUGAGCACCAAAAUGAUUGGGACAACUUCCUUGAUGAUGUUGCCUUUUCCAUGCGUGCUCAAAAACAGGCCGCUACAAAGUACAGUCCAUUCCUCCUUAUGUUUGGUUGGCAUCCAAGAACUCCGAUAGAAAUGGAAGAAGAAGAUGAAACUCUGGAAGAGACUGCUAACAUUAAGGAGGAAGCUAUCUUUGAAAGUGAUGCAGACAUGGACAGAAUGGUGGCAAACAGAGAUACUUUUAUGACACGUGUUGACCAACAGGUUCAGCAAAAUGUUUUAGAAGCCCAAGCCAAACAACAGGAACAAUUUGCUAAACAAAAAUCAAAAGGGGUCAAAGUUUUUCAGUUUUCCAUUGGUGACCUUGUUCUUCAAAAAGUUAUGAAGAAUGUGGGACGGAAGGGUGGAAAGUUAGAUGCUCUGUGGACUGACCCUGAUAGAAUUGUUGAUAUUGAUGAUCAUCAGAGGAUAGCUUUAGAGUACCCUGCAGAAGACUGGGCAACUCUUAAAGGUGAAGGUGCCAUAUGAACAGGUUCGCCCACACAAAACUAGCCACCUUCACGAACCACAAACAGUGGAUUCUUCUGCAACUUUUUCUUUGGAUGAUGCAAUUGCCCUUCAAGCUAAGGGUGUUCCUCAAAAUGAGGGUUCAGAGCAGAAGAAAAAAGAGCACAGAGCAACUAAACGAACUGCAGAUGUCAUUGUGGUGUCACAAACUGAAGCAAAGAAGAGAAAGAUUGGACACAUGGCCAUCAGCAAGUAUGCACUCUUGAAGAAAGAAGUUUCCUCUCUUAUCAAUAGUGUGAAGUCUGAAGGAACCUGGUUGGCUGAUGAACAUAUCGGCCAUGCCCAAGCAAUGCUUGCAAUGCAGUUCAAGGAGAUAGGGGGUUGCCAAUCUGUGUGUGUGUUUUGAAGCAGACGGAUGUCAGUUUGUUGGAACACCAGACCGAAACUUUAUUCAGAUCAUGAACAUAGCAGGUAAUCACUGGAUUACUGUCAGUAAUAUUGGCUGUGACAAAGAUGCAGUGGUCAUUUACGAUUCACUGUAUGAAAACAUCGAUGCUUCAGUGAAGGAGAAAUUUGUAAAGCAAAUGGCAUACAUGAUAGCCCCAGCAUCUAAAGAAAUGGCUUUGGAGUGGGCUGAUAUUCAGAAGCAAGUGGGAGGCUCAGACUGUGGACUGUUUGCUAUUGCUGUAGCAACUAGUUUGUGUUGCGGUGUGCUGCCUCAAGAAUGUUUUUGGGACCAGAGUCUCAUGCGCAAACACCCUUGUGACUGCUUUGAUAAAGGAGUAAUAUUUGAGUUUCCCAAGUGGUCAAAGCCCAGACAUCACAAAGGAUGUCGUCAUAAAGAGAGGAUUCAAAUUGUCUGCCAUUGCAAACAGCCAUAUUUCGGGAACCAGUUGAUGGUACAAUGUGACAAGUGUCAUGAACAGUUCCAUUGUGAAUGUGAAACAGUUCGUUAAGUUGUUGAAAAAAUGAUUCUUUCGUCUGCCAAAACUGUUUGGAAUGUUAUUUUGAUUCUAGUGGUAGUAGUGUUAGAAGAUUAUAUUUUAGUGAAGAUGGGGUGGCACUGUGCUUUGGGGUAGUUUAGUGAUUUGAUUGUGUCUAACUGUCUAUAACAGAAAAAUUGAGGUGAUUCAUUAUAUAUUUUCAAAAUGGUCGUUAA